AUGGCCCCGCCCGCGCCUGCUGCGUACGACCUGUAUUUCACCGGGUCGCGAGCCCCCAUCUGGGACGGCAUGUAUGUGUGUGUGCCUCGCCCCCCAACCUUCCACGAUCGCUUGCUCGCGUCCCACCACGUCUUCGCCUUCGUUCCCUCCUCCUCCUCCCCACAAUGGCUUAAUGAAAUCUCGAACGAGCAGUGCAUCAUCCUCGGCGACGAUGUCGAGCCUAUUUUCUACCGCUUCGAGACGCCGGAUGUGUUCAUGACGAACAAGAGAACAACGGCCGGGGAUCGACGGUGUGGCCCUCCGAGGCGUCCGUCGCCGCCCAGCCCAGCCCUUCGCGAGUGCAAUUUAUCUGGGGCCGAUCAUCAUAUAUCACCUUUUGACAUCUAUCGGAACCAAGACGAGAUGGUCGCCAUCUUCGACUGGAGCGCCGAUUCCUACCUCGGGUUGUGCACCGUCAAGAACAGACAGCCCUUCCCGAUGGCUAUGCUCGUCCUCCCCGGCUCGACGGCAAGUGCACGAGCAUUCUUCCUUAACGGAAGUAAAUUUGAAUGGCGCAGAACGCGCGACGACCAGCUUGGGUACGACUUAUACCACGUCCCGCAAAACGCACACGGCCAACCACCCGUACGCAUAGCCUUCUUUCGCACAGUCGACCAGCCAACUCCGCUAGGACCCGCACAUGGUUUCCUACAAUACACCUUUGUCCAGCCGCCUCUCCUUCUCGAGGCUCUUCUCGCACUUAGUAUUAAUCGAUGGAUGGACAUGAAUGCUGUGCCUGCUAUGUAG